AUGGCUGCGCACGAGUGGGACUGGUUCCAACGCGAGGAGCUCAUAGGGCAGAUCAGCGACAUCCGCGUCCAGAACCUGCAAGUGGAAAGGGAAAAUGUGCAGAAGAGAACCUUUACGCGAUGGGUAAACCUGCAUCUAGAGAAGUGCAACCCACCUCUAGAAGUUAAAGAUUUAUUCGUUGAUAUACAAGAUGGCAAAAUCCUAAUGGCUUUGUUAGAAGUCCUGUCUGGGCGAAAUCUGCUGCAAGACUACAAGUCCUCAUCCCAUCGCAUUUUCCGGUUGAACAACAUAGCGAAAGCACUUAAGUUUUUGGAAGAUAGCAACGUUAAACUGGUUAGCAUCGACGCAGCAGAAAUAGCAGACGGUAACCCCUCUCUGGUUCUUGGGCUGAUAUGGAACAUAAUCCUCUUUUUCCAGAUUAAGGAGCUCACGGGCAAUCUCAGCAGAAACUCUCCAUCUUCCAGCCUGUCGCCUGGCUCGGGGGGCACAGACUCCGACUCUUCCUUCCCACCCACGCCCACCACAGAGAGGAGCCUAGCGGUAGCAGUGAAGGAUCAGAGGAAGGCCAUCAGGACCCUGCUGGCAUGGGUGCAGAGGAAGACGAGGAAGUAUGGCGUGGCAGUGCAGGACUUUGCCGGCAGCUGGAGAAGCGGGAUGGCCUUCCUGGCGGUGAUCAAGGCCAUCGACCCCAGCCUGGUGGACAUGAAGCAGGCCCUGGAAGACUCCAUGCGGGAGAACCUGGAGAAGGCUUUCAGCAUCGCGCACGAGGCCCUCCACAUCCCCAGGCUCCUGGAGCCAGAAGACAUCAUGGUUGACACGCCAGACGAGCAGUCUAUCGUGACUUACGUGGCACAAUUUCUGGAACAUUUCCCGGAGCUGGAGGCCGAAGAUUUCAUGGAUUCAGAUAAAGAAGCCCCUAUUGAAUCCACCUUUGUCCGCAUCAAAGAAACUCCCUCUGAACAGGAGAGCACAGUGCUCCUUCUGACUGAAAACGGGGAGCGAGCCUACACUGUUAACCAUGAGGCCAGCCAACCACCACCCUCCAAAGUCUUUGUCUGUGACAAGCCCGAGAGCGAGAAAGAAUGCUUCCUUAGUGGUGUGUCCAGCCAUGCACUGUCAGACAGUUCCCCCAAGUUCAUGCCCCAGAUCAUCGACCAGGCCCUCCAAGGGGUCCCAGGUAAGGCCAGCAGCACCAAUGACCCACCUCCAGAAUCUUCCAUUUUAUCAUCCAGAAAGGACAGCCGGAGGUCCAACUCUUUGCCCAUCAAGAAAACUGUGCACUUCGAGGCUGACACCUACAAGGAUGCUUCCUGCAGUAAGGACCCUUUCUACAGUCAAGACCUUCGCUUUGAAGGGAGCGCAAGAGGGACAAAGGACUCAUUGCCAAAGCAGGAUGGGUACAUCCUGGCAGUUGAGACUGCUGAGGAAAAGCCAAAACAGGAGGGUCCAAAAGGUUCAGAAGCAGCCUCUGAUGAGUCCCCAGGUAACAUCUCUUUGGUGGACAGUAAGAUCAAUCAUUCGCAGACUGCCCAGAGUUCUCCCUCCUGGAACGGGGAGCCAGAGGGUGCACCCAGCCCCGGGGAGGACAGUUGUCCACUUUCACCCUUCGGGGACAACACUGUUAUGGCUGAUUCCUUGGAGAUCAAGGUCAAGCUGCUGACCGUAGAAGCUAUGGGUAACAAAGACUAUUACGAAGACGUUCCUUUAAAAGCCUCUACAUUUAACAAGGACCUCAUAGAUUUUGCCUCAACCAGCCAGGCUUUCAAGGAGGUUUCUUGGCCUCAUGAGAAAAAACCAGCGGAGGAGGAGGUUUUGGAGAAUCAGGCUGAGGAACUGGGGAAGAGGAGAAGUAAGUCUGCUCACCAGAGGAAAGGUUCGGAUGAGUCCCCGGAGAGGCCCAGUAAGCUUGAACCUCACAAGGACCUCAGGCAAGAAGACCAAGGCCAUUCUCUGGCCCCAGGAGGGGCGCCUGCUGAUACGAAGCCGGAGGUGUACGAGAAGCCCAAGCAGAAGUCCGCGCGCCGCCAUCUGGACGAGGACGAAGGGGAGGUUGCGGGGCUGCGGGGGCCGGAAGGGGAGGCGCCCUCUGAGCCGCGGAGCAGCAGCGUCAGCCUGGAGACCCUGCACAGUCGCAGCGAGGAGGGCCUGGGCUUCAAGCCCUCCCCGCCGCUGUCCAAGGUCUCCGUCAUCCCCCACGAGCUAUUCUACUACCCGCACUAUGAGGUGCCCCUGGCUGCGGUUCUGGAGGCUUAUGCAGAGGGUGCGGAGGACUUGAAAAACGAAGACCUGGAUCUCGAGGAGCCGGACGGCUAUCUGUGUGACGUGGGGGCCAGGGACGAGGCCGAGGAGGCCGAGGAGGCCGAGGAGGUCGAGGUGUCUCAGAGCAGCUGCAGCUUCUCGGGGCUGGGCGAGGAUGUCCCCGAGGCCAGUGUCCCCACGGUGCCAUGUCCCGUUGGGGGUGUGGAAAAUGCCAGACUGGCCUCAGAACCUGCUGACCUGUCCCCACCAGAUGACCACCAGCAAGGGGAGGCUGAAGACAGUUCCCAUGUGGAGAACCAGCAGUCCCAGGAAUUCGGAAACCCGGGAAACUCAGCAAACUCUUUAGAAGAAAAGGUAAUGGGAGAAUCGAUCAGCAGUAAAAAAAAGGAGAAAAGGAAGCACGUGGACCACGUAGAAAGUUCCAUAUUUAUAGCACCCGGUAGCGUCCGAUCCUCAGAGGACCUCGAAGAAGACACUGGCGACCACAAAGUCCUCUCCAGGACUAGUCACAGUGACUCCAGCAUUUACAUUCGACGACAUACUAACAGGUCUUUGGAAUCGGAUCAUGUUAGCUAUGUUCAGUUGAGGAAUGCAGCAGAUCUGGAUGACAGGAGAAACCGAACAUUAACCAGGAAGGCCAACAACUCUGGCGAAGCCACAUUGCUAGAGAGCCAGAGCCCCCAGAGCGACUCUCUGACACAGUUUGUCCAGCAGCCGGAUAUGAUGUAUUUUAUUCUCUUCCUCUGGCUCCUGGUUUACUGCCUGCUGCUGUUCCCACAGCUGGACGUCAACAGACUCUGA